UCAACGCGGGAAGCGCCAAGAUGGCGGCAGCGGCGUCUUGCAGCACAGGCACCAGGAGUACUGGGUCUAUAGUGGUGGCGGCUAGCAGGAACAGCGUCACCAGCUUCCAGCGGAGGGGUCCUAGAGCCAGCGGUACCGACAGCGGCUGCUCUCGACUGGUGUCCAUCGCGGGGACACGACCGUCGGUGCGGAAUGGACAGCUGCUGGUAUCAACCGGGCUCCCAGCCCUGGACCAGCUCCUAGGUGGAGGUUUGGCCGUUGGAACAGUUCUUCUAAUUGAAGAGGAUAAAUAUAAUAUUUAUUCUCCUUUGCUCUUCAAGUAUUUCCUGGCAGAAGGAAUUGUCACUGGACAUACUUUGUUAGUUGCAUCUGCAAAAGAAGACCCUGCUGACAUUUUACAGGAACUUCCUGCACCAUUACUUGAUGAGAAUUGUAAAAAAGAAUGUGAUGAAGACAUAUGUAAUCAUAAAACAGAAUCUAACAUUAAGAUGAAAAUAGCUUGGCGUUACCAGUUAUUACCCAAGAUGGAGGCUAGACCAGUAUCAUCUUCAAGAUUUGGUCACUAUUAUGAUGUAUCAAAAAGGAUACCACAAGAACUAAUUGAGGCUUCAAAAUGGCAUGGAUUUUUUCUUCCAGAAAAAAUAUCAUCAACUCUUAAUUUAGAACCCUGUUCUUUGAACCAUGGCUACAUAAAGCUGCUGCAGUUUAUCCAGAACGUCAUUUAUGAGGAAGGAUUUGAUGGAUCCAAUCCCCAGAAAAAACAGAAAAACAUUUUAAGAAUAGGAAUCCAGAAUCUUGGUUCACCUUUGUGGGGAGAUGACAUUUGCUGGACAGAAAACUGUGACAGCAAUCACAGUCUUACAAAGUUCCUCUAUAUGCUCCGUGGUCUCCUGCGAAGCUCUCUUUCAGCCUGUAUCAUCACAGUGCCAACACACCUUAUCCAGAAUAAAGCAAUUAUUGCUCGUGUUACAAACUUGUCAGAUACAGUAGUUGGUCUGGAAUCAUUCAUUGGUUCAGAGAAAGAAACCAACCCAUUAUAUAAGGAUUAUCAUGGUUUGAUUCAUAUACGGCAGAUUCCUCAGCUUAAUAACUUGAUUUAUGAUGUAUCAGAUGUCAAAGACUUAGCUUUUAAAUUAAAAAGGAAGCUAUUCACCAUUGAGCGACUGCAUUUGCCUCCAGACUUGUCAGACACAGUGAGCCGCUCGAGCAAACAGGAUCUGGCAGAAUCCGCCAAGCUGCUGGGCCCAGGCUGUGGCAUGACGGCCCGAGGCAAGAAGCACCUGGACUUCUAGUGAUUCCUCCUUAGUGGUUGAUGCAGAAUUAUAUGACACUCUAAUUAUGAUUGCUAAUAGCUUAUGUAAAUAUUUUUCUUAACGAUUUGACCUCCAAUCCUUGAAAAACAGUUAGGAUUGCAAAAUGAGGCCACCGUUCUUUGUUAUUUUAACCAACUUUCUAUACAGAAAUAGUACAGCAGAAAUACUUUCACUUUAAAUUUUGUUUUAUGCUAUAUCUAGAGAAAAUAGAUAAUUUUAUUUUUUUUUUUUGCGGUACGUGGGCCUCUCACUGCUGUGGCCUCUCCCGUUGCCGAGCACAGGCUCCGGACGCGCAGGCUCAGCGGCCAUGGCUCACGGGCCCAGCUGCUCCGUGACAUGUGGGAUCUUCCCGGACCGGGGCACGAACCCGUGUCCCCUGCAUCGGCAGGCGGACUCUCAACCACUGCGCCACCAGGGAAGCCCCAAUAAUUUUAUUUUUAAAUAAAAGCAAAUCAAGAUGCCUUACAGUGGUCAUUAGUGUAUGUGUGUUUAAGGCACUCAGGUCAUGGUAAAGUGCAUGUUACAGCAGGUAGCAUAUAAAACAUUAUGAAAUUCAAAAUUAUAUAUGAAAAACGUAUUUUCUCUUCAUUUCUGAAAAAGACACCUCCUACCAAAAAUGCUAAGGUUUUUUUAAGAAAUGAAAAAAUUUGUUUGCUAAUAUAUGAAGACUAAAAUAAAAUGAAUUUGCAUUUAUGCAUCCUGUUAUGAAAUUGAUGAAAACAAGAUAGUAUUUUGGGAUUAAGACUCCAUUAAAAAUAAUUAGUCUGCCCUAGUAGUUAAUAAAUAUAAAGAACUUGAGUGAUAGAAAACUUAGACAAAGAAGUAGAUGGUCUCUGUUGAAACAAUUAAAGUCUGCACUGUGAAAUUAUGUCAAUAGACAUAAUUCAGGAUUGAAAUUCAAACCGACAGCUACAUUCAUGCUAGGAUACUGGGGAAAAACAUGUAUUGAAGCUUGGUGAGAGAUUUUUACAAAACAUCGGUCUGAGACAAAGUAUAAAAAAGCUAACUCAGAUUUCCAUUGCAUCAGGUAAAACCCUUUGUUAAUUAUGAACAUUGGUAGGUGUGUACAGUUAUAACAAUAUAAACAUGGCUUUGCGGAUAUAUUGAACUCGUUUUCAUAUGAAAUACUAGUUUUUUGAAUCAUAGUUCCAUAUUCUCAAAGCUUUUGACAAAUAGUAGACAAAAAGUAAAAGUUAGAAAAGUAACUUGAGUCUCAGUUUUUAAAAAAAGCUGUUUAACAUCUGUUAGGAGAAACUGAAUUUUCAAGAUACAUUUCCAAAUAUAUUAGCCUAUCUUGAAGCAGUUAUAUCUAGCAUUUUUGAGCAGUUUGCUUUUAAUAUACCACAAAUUAUACUUUAUUUGUUCUUGACAACAUUGCGGAAAACAAAGCCUAGGUUUUUAAAACUGUCUAACCGAUAUGAUGAAUGUCAGUCACUUAAAAAAAACCCACUGUAGCAUAAACACAUACUGUAUACAGCUUUUAUUCAGAAUUAGAAUAAUUGAAUCAAUGACAGGAUGUCAAAUCUCUCCAUCAUAUCCUGUCACUACCAGUUUAUUUUUUGUGAUCAAAAUCAAAAAGACAACUAUUUUGUCACCUGCUAUUUCAUUAGUACUAAAAAUCAGGUUUCUUCUUCUAUUUUUUUAGAAUGUCUGGUUUAUUUUUUUCACUUCUUUUAAUUCAAAAGACACAAAUUCUUCCCCAUUUUCUUUUCAAAAUAAAGUUUAAGAAUUGAUCUGUCAGUUAAAAUUAAAGGGCUUUCAUAUUAAGCAAAGGUGCUUUUAAAAUGUAAAGCAACUUCAAAAAAUCAGUUUAGUCCAUAGAUAAUAAAUAAUAUGCAAAUACUCCACAAAAGCUUUGCUAUGUCCUUUGAAAGCAUUAUGAACAAUCUGAAUUAGCUCAAGUGAAUAUUUUAGUUGGGUUAUUAUUUUAAUAAGGCUAACCUUUUUCUCACCGUGUUGUGAUUCGUUUUAUACAAACACACAACGGAAGAAUUACAUAGCAUUUGACACUGAAAAGGAAAUGUGAGGUCAUCGGAUAUGAAAAUUGCUUGUCAAAAAUACUUAGUAGGUCAUCGAUUUACUACCCUAGCUACCAUGUCUAUAAGAUUAACAGCCAAUUACUAUUUAGUAUAUGCUUUGCAAAUAAAUACUAUAAAAAUUGAAUGUGCAUAUUUGAACCCUUAUUUUAAAUAUAAAAGAAACUUUUAAAACUCAGUGAAAGUGCAUUUUGAACAAUAAUAGUACCUGGCCUUUCCAAAAAUCAGAUUCAGGUACUUUGUGGGUCUGAUUCACUAGGCAAGCUUUGUAAAAAACAAGCUACUGGAGAGGGAUGUAUAUUUUUGUUUUGCACUGAUAAAAACCCACUCUAAAAAUGUGUUUUCUUUCCUUCUGGAAACAUCAAUUGUCCAUAUGCUAAUAACUUACUACAUAAAAAUACUGGUCCUCAAUAAUGCUACUGUAGGUAUACAGACCAUUUUGGUAUAUUAUAAAAUAUACACUCUGUUGACAGAUUUCUUUUUCAAUUAUCAGCUUGUCUCAAAGAUUUUAAGUAACAAUGCCAAACAGUGUUUGAAACGUCCUCAUAUCUUUUAAAUGUUUCUAAAACUUCUAAACCCUCUAUGGUAUUCAUUUCUUACGCUAGAUUUGCCUUUCUUUAACAUGAGGUAAAUAUUUUGACUGCUAGAGUCUGCUCAGGUGCUGGGGUUCUAAGACCUUCCGAAUUUCUUUAUAGUAGCCACCAAUUUCCACCUCUCUCUUCCAUUUAUUCUUUAUCUCCACCUCCAGGACCUGCAAAUACUAACACUAGACAAAAUAAAACUACUUCAAGAGGAAGCAACACUGCAAUCAAUUCCCUAUCUUUUAAAGAAUCAACACACGAAUGCGCAUACAAAGCAAAAGUAGGGGGAAAGCCCUAUUCAUUUGUUUAAGCCCAUUAUGAAUGUCAUUUCUAAAGCAUCAUGUUAAUGCUUUCCAAAGAUAGUCACCAUUAACACCACCAAAUUUAAGCAAUUCUAACCCUAUUUACACUUUGAACUUCAAAACUGAGCAGUGAAGUCUUUCAGAACCGAGACAAAAAAAAAAAAUUUUUUUUAUCAAUAAUAAAAAACAGAUGAGGUUUAUUCUUGAGGAACAGAAAAGGGAAGAAUUUGUGUUUGGCCUUGGUGAGCCAAGCGUUAUACAUAGAAGAAAACCCUUUAAAAAAAAAAAAAAAAUCUCGUUAACAUUAAAGCCCAGAGCAAAAAGAAGAAUAUGGACAGCAUUCUAAGAUGACAAACAUUCACCAAACAAAGCUGAAUCUUAGAAUAAUACUGUAUGAAUGACUCCUAGGAAGCCUCGUUAUGAUUUUUUUUUAAAGGAGGAAGAAAUGACUAUGUGAGCCACGUCAAGAAGCAGCUGCUUCCCAUUCAAGAGGGGGCACAGCUUUGGGGCGGGGAGGAGGGAUAUUCCGGGAAUUCAUUAUAGUAAAACGCAUUUGUUUACUUGGAGUAAUUUGAAUGUUUCUUACUCAACCUUCAGCUCGAAUUCUGUUCACCUGGUCUCCCUAAGUCAGUCAAGUUUGGAGAAAAAUCAUAGGCUGUAAGUCUCACGAGUCUACCAAGGACAUCACAAAUAGAUGGCCACCAUCCUGGAAGAUGGCGUCAAAGCAUCCCUGAAGAGUUCCCAUUCAUAAAUAUAUAAAUAUACCUAUCAAUAAAUAAACAAGAAUUAGUUCAAGAAUGAGUAGAAGGCCACCUCGGGGCAGUGCUUCCACACGGUAUCUGCCGUGCUGUCCCCAAGGGCAUGCCUGGAGCUCCAUUCAAAAGGACAGCUCGUCUCCCUAGGGUGAGGGCACGAGGCAGAAGGCAAGGCAGCUGACCCAUCCUGCUGGAUCAGAGGGCAUCUGCAGCUGAGUGGCCGCUUCAGACUAAACCAGGGUGCUGAGCCACCGCGCCCUGGCAAGCCUGACCCUCAGAGGACACGUGUACGUGCCUAAGUGCACACAGGCAGCUCUCCUCUGCGGCCACAGCACUCCCCUCCUCCCGGCCUCAGCUCCUGCACCCAAAUGCCACACCCGGUGCUCCAAAGUCUCUGCUCUCUGCACAACAGAGCCGUGGGCCAGGACCGGCUGCCUGACGCUGGCCCAAAUCAGAGCCACUUGGAAACCGUCCCUUCUUGCAGGGAAGAAGUGAGCCAGCCAGCGGCUGUCACACACACUCACACAUAGCCUUCCUCUGACAGUUCCCUGGGCACAUGUCCCUCAAGGAAUGUAGGCUGCAAAACGUUAGGAGGUAGAAAUAUCUGCACGGGCGACUCUACCAAUAGUGCGUACGUGCGCACACUGCCGCAGAAGUGUGCACGCGUGCAGCGCAGGCUCACAGUCAAUCAAACUACAUGCACACGUAUAAAAACUGCAGUCAGCAUGUCUCAGUGUGCAGGCAACUCUGGUGGAAUAUUAAUAUACAGCAUGCCAGACAAUUAUCUUUUCACAAGUAAUUCUUUAACUAGAAAAUAGUAGAUGUUAAACUAGAAGGUUAUUUUUUAAAGCCUCCAAUUAAUUUCUCUAUUUCUGAUCAUUUGCCUUUGGGGAUUUAAAACAAAACAAAAAAGGAGCAGAGUACAAUUCAGCGGAAGUGUGUCUUUGUCCCCAGAGGGUUUUGCCUGUGAGGCAUUUAAUCUAGGUCGCCAGCCCCCCAGCCUUUGACUGAAGCUUGCAGAAGAAACUUAUCCAUAUUGACUUAUAUGUUACACAGAACAGACAGAAAUAAAAGUCUCAGACAGGCCUUUCUCACCCAACAAAGGCUUAUUUUUUUCCAUCCUUUGCUUGGGCUCAAGCACUCCUGCCCUGCGUGCCGCCACUUUAAACAUGAUCAGAUCUGUGCUUCAUUGCAAAUAACAACUGACCAACAAUGGGCCCUGCUUCAUAGAUUUGGGAAUGUUUGGCUUAAGCUGCCAAUGACUGAAGGCCUUUAACUCCCACCGGCCAGUCACAGUCCGCUUUGUUGUUGUCUGUUGAUGUGUCUGUGCUCAUUAUUCCUUGACAUGCAACAUCCCCCCUCCAGCCUCCACCCAUCCACAGCCGCACAGAAAGCGAGAUUCAAAUGGGAACAGCUGUAGUGGUUCAAUGGGAAGUGAUGCCCCUUGUGCAAAGGGGAGGGAGACAGAAAAGGGAGAGGGCCUAUUGGAGAAAGGCAACAGCUUUCAGGGAGUCUUGUAUAAGAAACCUACUUUUGAAUAUAGUUCAGUGAAAUCGCUGUUGAGACGCUGACAAUGGAAAUCUGCCCAGAUUGAAAAUGCCAGCCCUAAUUCAAAAGACAAUUCCUAGUUAAUAGGUUGUUGCAUUUUUAAAUUAUUUCUCGACUUUGAGCUUCUGAAUUAAACAGCUAACUGGGAAAUGCUACCAUUUUGUAUAUGUACUCUGGGUAUAAAUGGGCACAGGUCUACACACAGCUUUAAGUGGAAUUUCUUUCUAACACAUUUGCGAUUUAUGACACCUAUAAGAAUUAUUUCUUUAAGGAUCAUUGGGAUUUAAAAUAGAGUAUGUAUGAAAGCAACCAUUCGUUUAGAAUGUUAAUCUAACAAGGAAACAAAAUUUGUAACACCACACUAUAAGGUUAAAAAGAAAAUAGUAUAAUAAAGGAAAUACAAAGGCUUUGGCAUGGUUUUUACAAUCAACAAUGGUUAAUUUUGAUAUGUAGUUGUGAACAACUUCAAAACACUUAAGUUUAA